AUGUUUUUACUAUCAAAGAUUGUAAUUAAUGAUAAUCAAUUAGCAGGUGAAUUGAAUGAUGAUUGGUGUAAGGUUGAUUUUAAUAUUAGAAAUAAUUAUAUUGGUGGUAAAGCACAAUCAUGUGUAGUUUGUCAUUACCUUUUAUAUAAUAAUAGAUAUAUUUUAGAAGGUAAUAGAUUCACAAUCCAAUUUGGAAGAUUGUACAACUAUUGA